AUGUGCCCUCCACUGUCACUGCUAGUAGUACAAACGAAACCAUCACCAAGGCGGAGGACAAAGCAGCAUCUGCUAUCAUCUCGCCAGAGGCUCCCUUGUGUCAUCAAGAAUAACCCGGCUUUGACCAAGGCGCAGCGGGCCAUCAAGACAUAUGUGAUGGAACUUCCUGUCAGCAACACAGCAGAGACACCCGUGGACGCCGCACAAGAAACCUGUCAUCCACUACACACCAGAGGAGUCCUACGUCCGCUAGUGUACAAUGAAACCACAAGGGAGGCAAGCAGGUCCAUCACUGCCGAGGCUCCCAUCUGUAUCAAGGCUAACCCAACUUUGACGAAGGCUCAGCGGGCCAUCAAGAACAUGUGUAGACUUGGCCACGACGGCAACCCACUGGACGGAGUCAACCUACCACAUCACCCAGAGGAGUCCUCCACCGUCACUGCUAGAAGUACAAACGAAACCAUACAAAACAAACACACUUACUCUCGCCAGAGCUCCCUGUUGUACCAUCAGAAUAACCCGUGA